CAAGCCAGCCUUACAACGGCAGAUGAUGCUACACUCGAUUGCCGGCGCACGUACAAUCUCGCCGAGAUCAACUUUCCAGCAACGGUCUCGACUCCGUUGACCACCGGUGUCACAGCGGUGAAGACCCUUGAAAGGGAAAUCUGUGGGUUGACCAUGACGUCGUCUUGACUUUUAGCCCGCAACACGUCGAAGCCUCGGGAACUGACGGCCACUGUCGUUGAUUUGUAAGAUGCAAUUGUGCAAAAGAUGUUAAAGGAAGCCAUCCGGCACUCAUGUCUACCAAUUAAGUUUCGUUCACACGCUCAAUCUCUGCUUUUGAUUCAAGAUACCCAUUAGACUAUUUCGUUAUAACGACCACUUCACGAAUACAACUCCACGUCAACAUGGCACCAGCAGCGAGAUACGAAUCCGACUCCAAGGAUGCUUCCCCCUUGGGCAAGUCUCUCAAGUUCGAGUUCUCUGGACAGACAGCGCCCAACCGCUUCCUCAAGGGAGCCAUGACUGAGCGCAUCUCCAGCUGGGAUCCCGAGAAUCUUGAGGCUCGCGGUGUACCUUCCAAGAACCUCAUCAAUUUGUACAGAAGAUGGGGCGAGGGCGGCAUUGGCCUCAUCCUUUCCGGCAACAUUAUGAUCGAGUACGACCACCUCGAGGCUGCCGGUAACCCCAUCAUCCCCCGCAAGUCCGAGUUCUCCGGAGAGCGCUUCGAGGCGUUCAAGGAGAUGGCAACAGAGGCUAAGAAGCACGGCUCGCUAUUCGUUGGCCAAGUCUCCCACCCAGGACGCCAGGUCGAGUCGCGAAUCCAGAAGAACCCCGUUUCCGCCAGCGACGUCCAGCUCGAGGGCAACAUCAUGGGCAUGACCUUCGAGAAGCCCCACGCUGCCACCGACGAGGACAUCGCCAACAUCACCGAGGGCUUUGCCCACGCAGCUGAGUACCUCGAGAAGGCCGGCUACGACGGCAUCGAACUCCACGGCGCCCACGGCUACCUGCUCGCCCAAUUCCUCUCCCCCACCACCAACCAGCGCACCGACAAGUACGGCGGCUCGAUCGAGAACCGCGCGCGCAUCAUCGUCGAAAUCACCGACGCGAUCCGCAAGCGUGUCUCGAGCAACUUCGUCGUAGGUAUCAAGCUCAACUCUGUCGAGUUCCAGGACAAGGGCUUCAACCCCGAGGAAGCGAAACAGAUCUGCAAGAUCCUCGAGGACAACAAAUUCGACUUCGUCGAGCUGUCCGGCGGCACAUACGAGAAGCUCGCGUUCGGGCACCAGCGCGAGUCGACCAAGCAACGCGAGGGCUUCUUCCUCGAAUUUGCCGAGUCCAUCGCUCCCGUUCUCUCCAAGACAAAGACAUACAUCACCGGCGGCUUCAAGUCCGUCGGCGCAAUGGUCAAGGCGCUCGAUGUCGUUGACGGCGUGGGUCUCGCACGCCCGCUCGCGCAGGAACCGCAUCUGUGCAAGGACAUCCUGGAGGGCAAGGUGACGGGCGCGAUCAAGCAGGCCAUCGACGACAACAACUUCGGCCUUACCAACGUCGCGGCCGGCACGCAGAUGCGCCAAGUUGGCAAGGAUCAGGAGCCGAUUGACUUGAGCCAGAAGGAGAACUUGGACGCGUUCAUAAAGGAUAUGGGGACGUGGGGCGAGAAGAUGGCGAAUGAUAGCAAGGUUCAGAACUAUGGGUACAUAGACAUUACGAGCGCGCAGGCCGUGCCGUAUGGAACCGCUUCAGCCUAGACUGGGCGCUUGGAGUCAUGAAUAUAGACCGGGCUUAGAUUGGGGUUACAUAAUCUAGACAUGAGUACUAUGAAUUUAUGAACUGUCUCGUUCGUACAUGUGUCUACUUCCUC